AUGCGCCACAGUAAGUAACAUCCGGGUGAAAAAUGGCUGGCGUUUGAUUGCGUGUAACAAAGGAUAGCUGUUUUGAGUGGUGCUGUGCAGACUAUCGUCUCUGAAACAUGGCACUUCCAAAUUUUAAGAGUUUGUCAUCUCCAGUAGCCCCGCGAUCCCGGUCCGGUCCAGGAACUCCGAAAGAUUCUGAUAAGGGUUCGUCCAACAGUCCGUUCGUCCAGUCAGCCCAUGGCCACCCAGCAUUCGUUCCAACUAAAGUUGGCUCAAAAUCGGCACCUGUUGACCCGCGCGUGCCGAAGCCACCCAAACCCCCGGACAAGCCCCUGAUGCCGUACAUGCGGUAUAGCCGAAAGGUGAGUAGGAAGGUGUGGGAGCAGGUGAAGGCCACGAACCCUGACCUCAAGCUGUGGGAGAUCGGGAAGAUCAUCGGAGGAAUGUGGCGUGACCUCAACGAAUCGCAGAAACAGGAGUUCAUUGAUGAGUACGAGUCCGAGAAGGCCCUGUACACCGAGGCUCUGAAAGCGUACCACAACUCGCCAGCGUACCAGGCAUAUGUCGCAGCCAAAAGUAAAGCUUCGUCGGACGCGGCCAUCGAAGAGGAGGAAGAGCGUGAGCGAUCUCGACAGUCGAGCCGAUCCGCAGCGCAGGCUAAGAUGGAGAUUCCAAGAAUCAGUAUCCAACCUGCGGAAGAUGAAGAUGACCCUGACGAUGGGUUCUCGGUAAAACACAUUUCUCAUGCGCGGUACAGCCGCAACCACCGCCUCAUCCACGAGAUAUUCAGCGAGUACGUCGUCCCCGACGUCAGGACCGUGGUGACUGCUGGCCGAAUGAGUGUCUUGAAGAGACAGGUCCAGUCUCUGACCAUGCACCAGAAAAAACUGGAGGAGGAGCUACAGACGAUAGAGGAGCGACACGAGGUCAAGAAACGAAAGUUCAUCGAGUCGAGCGAGCUCUUCCACAAACAACUCAAGAAGUUAUGCGAGAGUAAGCCUCAGGUGACGGAGGACAUGUUCAACGUAAUGGUCCAGAAGGCGAAGGACGACCUCAAGCAGCGACAUCAGCAGCUACUACAGCAGCAGGAGGAGGAGAGGAAGAAACAGAGUGAGAAGGAGGAGGAAGGAAGGAAGAAGCUGGAGGAGGCGAGGAAGAAUGAAGUGCCAACAGAGAUUUCGGAACAACCGAUGGAGGAAGACGUAACACAGCAUAAUUCUGUGCCGACUCAGGAAGUGACAGAUUCUGAGACUCCCACCACAAAGAUGGAUGUAGAGCAAGGGCAGACAAGCGAGACACCUAAACCAGAUGACAGCGAAUCACAGGACACGAUUAUUGAGGAUUCCAGCAGUAAGCCGGAUUCGGACGAUGCAGAGAAAGCCGACACUCCUGCAGCUCCUGACCUGACGGCCGCACCAACACUGCAGCAGGACGGGAAACAACCGUCGUCCGAGGAGAUGUUGCAGAACCAGAAAGAUAACAGUCCACCAGCUUUAGAGAGGAUCAAGAUGGACCAGACGCCAGACGAACAAGAGCAGAUAUCGGAGAAACCCUGCCCACCAUCUUCAGAGACAUCAAGUGUCAGUGAUCAGAGUCAGGAGAAGACAACUCUGUCUGAAGAGACAACGGAAGAUGAAGCUAAAGAAACUGAGAAAUCUGAUGUGUGAACAAGAUGAAUUUGUAGUUGAUCUGGACGGCUUUCAGCUAAAUGAAUAAAACUCAUGGAUUUAUAAUUGCUCUGAGUCACCAAGGUGGUCGAGUGACAGAGCUCAGCGGAGUAACUAACGGGAAUUCAUGUCAACGAGUUCUAAGAAAUGUUAAAUUCAUCUGAAUGAGAUAAGCCUACAAUCUUUGAAUUCAGCUGAAUUAACGAGUUUUUUAAAUAACCAUAUUCAACUGAAUUAACGAGUUUUUUAAAUAACCAAAUUCAACUGAAUAACUGCAUGUAAUGAAUGACCCGAGUUUAGUUGAAGGACUGCAUUUAGUUGAAGGACUCAGUUUAGUUGAAUGACUGAAUUUUAUUGAAUGACCAAUUGCAUAUGAUAUUUCAAAGGCCAUCUCAUGUCCUGUCCAUUACUUCUAAUGCCAAAUGUAGCUGGUUUCAUCUGCAGACUAUGUUGGAAUUAUCAAAUGUUUGACAUCCAAUAGCAGAUUGUUAUAUUGUGUCUUGCCAUUACAUAUGUACAUACAUCACAUGAAGACAUCUUUUCUCUUGCAACUUUAUUUCGCAUCCGAAUUUUACGACACUUCAUAUAUAGCAACAGAAUCAGGACAUCUUGAAUGGCGAGAUCAUUUACAGCUUGUAUAUUAAUCAAUGUGCUCUAGUGGUAUCAUUAAGUAAAACAAACUUUAACUUUAUGUUGUGUCCUCCUCCUAGAUCUAAUUGGUCAGUGUGGCAUAAAGUGCAUAUAGAAAAUCUAAUGAAAGAAUGCAGCAGUGGUCACUAUUACAUUGUAUAACUAUUUCAGUCAUCACUGUAUUACAUUGUAUGACUAUUUCAGUCAUCACUAUAUUACAUUGUAUUAACAAUACAUAUGAGUGAAUAUUUCAGUCAUCACUAUUACAUUGUAUGACUAUUUCAGUCAUCACUAUAUUACAUUGUAUUAACAAUACAUAUGAGUGAAUAUUUCAGUCAUCACUGUAUUACAUUGUAUGACUAUUUCAUUCAAUCACUGUAUUACAUUGUAUGAAUAUUUCAGUCAGCACAGUAUUACAUUGUAUGAAUAUUUUAGUCAUUGCUAUAUUACAUUGAAUGAAUAUUUCAGUCAGCACAAUAUUACAUUGUAUGAAUAUUUCAGUCAGCACAAUAUUACAUUGUAUGAAUAUUUUAGUCAUCACAGAAUGACACUGUAUGAAUAAUACAUUAUCAGCGGUCAAAAUUGGCUACAAAUUCUGCCGGACCGAAUGAAAACCUGUGGGUCCAAACAUGAUACCAAAGAAUAAGUAUAAAAUAAUUGACCAGCGGGACAGCAGGCAAAACGAUCUCCAGGCCUGUGGUGAUGUUAACCGGCAAAACGAUCUCUAGGUCUGUGGUGAUUUUAACUGGCAAAACGAUCUCCAGGUCUGUGGUGAUGUUAACCGCAAUAUUUCGACCACUGAUUAUGUGAAUAAAUGAGGUCAUCACA